AUGGGCAAUCUUUUGGGGUCGCACAAGAAGCUGCCCAAGGAGGAUUUGGAAUUUCUGCGCUCGAAUACCAAUUUCACAAAAAAACAAAUCAAACAAUGGUAUCGAGGAUUUAUCCGUGACUGUCCAUCGGGACAGUUGAGUAAGAAAAAAUUUAUCGAGGUCUACUCCGGCUUUUUCCCGGACGGGGAUGACAAUUCGGGUAAAAUCGAUUUCAAAGAAUUUCUCCUCGCGAUCAAUAUUACGUCCGGAGGUAAACCGGAAGAAAAACUCGAAUGGGCGUUUCAAAUGUAUGAUAUCAACGGAAAUGGAACAAUAGAGAAACAAGAAAUGAUCGAAAUUAUCAAGGUAAGUGGACCGUGUUUUUUUAAUUUCGGUAUAUCUGGGUGGGCGGGUGUUUGUAGGCGAGGUGAAGCUAUCAGGUUGUUUAGUUAA